CAAGUUAUCUUUGUCUUUUGACUGGACUUGGUUUGCUGGUUUUACAUGUUUUAGCUCUGAUGAAGUCAGACAAAAACAUGGGAUGUUGGCUAACGCCCAAUGACUCAUACCGGAAGUACAAAUGUGUAAAAAGCAGCGUUCUGGCCAUUCCGUUUAUGGUCUGUUCAUUGAAAUGCUGUUUAGAGCACAGAUGUAUCGGAUUAUACUUCAAGGAAAUAAGUGAGGAAUGUUACCUAAUCAACUCUAUUGUGAAAGAGGAAAACUGUCCCGAUUUGGACUGGAACAGCUGGAAAGCAUACAAGAAACAAAAAGUCCUUGGAGAGUGUGUCCAAUAUCUAGGCCUGGCGGUUAACCAAUACACCCCAGAGCAAACUCAACUGAACUUUGUUCCGGGUGGAAACGGUGAUAUUGGUGGCCACAUUGUAGUUGGAGUUUAUACACAUAUUGUGCUACGAAAGUUUUCUAGAGUUCGAGGAUUUGCCAUACAAGGAAGAUGGCGAAAUGAAUCGUUAGAGUCUUGCUGUGAUGACAGGGUGACGUACUAUAAUCUACAUGCUAGUGUUGACUGUUACAACUGGAUCUGGGCGGAUAACAAAACCAAUUUUGAAGCUAAUGUGAUUCCGGACGCCGGAAAUGAAGCAGUAGUGAAUUUGUUCCAGACGCCCUUUGAUGUCGCCUGCUUAUCUCUUUAUCCCACAAGUCAUCAUGGUGAAAGGAUAGUUCGUUUUGAUAUGAUUGGUUGUGAACUUUGACGUCAUAGUAAAUUUAACUCGGAUGUAUACAAAAUAUUUUGAAUCUCA